UCUUCCUCCUCUUUUCUCUUUAAACAAAUGAGAGUCAAAUUAGUUUGGUCAUGAGUUUUGGCACACACGGACACAUUCAAAUAGAGAGAGAUUGCAGCAGAAUCAAGUUGAAUAAUAUCAAGAAAAGGAUUCCAUCUUACCAUCUUUCAAGGAGAAUCUCUGCUCACCAGAUUUCUCCUCACGUCUCCACCGGUGACAGUGCCUAACAACCGUUGCCAUGGGUGAAAUGGAGCAACUGCGAAAGGAGGCAGACAACUUGAAAGAUCAGAUAACCGCGGCAAGGAAGGCGGUGCAAGACACCACCCUGGAGGAGGCAGCGUCCGGCACGGCGGUGGUGAGCCGUGUGCAGCUGAAGACCAGGAAGACUCUGAGGGGACACCUGGCCAAGAUCUACGCCAUGCACUGGGGAGCUGAAUCCACGCUAUGCGUCAGUGCCUCCCAGGAUGGAAAGCUCAUUGUGUGGGACACCAUAACGACCAACAAGGUGAACGCCAUUCCUCUGAAGUCAUCGUGGGUGAUGACAUGUUCGUACGCGCCCUCAGGGAACAUGGUGGCAUGCGGAGGACUGGAUAACAUGUGCUCCAUUUACAACCUCAAAGGCAAAGAUGGAAACGUCAAGGUCAUGCGUGAGCUGGCCGCGCACACGGGUUAUUUGUCCUGCUGUCGUUUCCUUAGCGACAGUGAGAUCAUCACCAGCUCUGGAGACUGUACCUGUGUGCUGUGGGACAUAGAGACAGGGACACAGAAGACCAUCUUCGCUGGUCACCUAGGAGACUGCAUGUCCCUGGCCGUGUCACCUGACUUCAAGAUGUUCAUCUCGGGGGCGUGUGACUUCACGGCUAAGCUGUGGGACAUCAGGGAGGGCGCCUGCAGACAGACCUUCGGAGGACACGAGAGCGACAUCAACGCCAUCGGGUUCUUCCCUAACGGCAACGCGGUGAUAACAGGCUCAGACGACGCCACCUGCAAGCUGUAUGACCUUAGGGCAGACCAGGAGCUUAUCACCUACCAAGACUCCAGCAUCAUGUGUGGCGUGACCUCCCUGGCACCCUCCCUCUCCGGUCGCCUCAUCCUGGCAGGGUACGACGACUUCAACGUCAACAUCUGGGACUCGCUGAAGAACGAGAGAGUGGGAGUCUUGGCUGGUCACGACAACAGAGUGAGUUGUAUUGGCGUAAGUUCUGACGGCAUGGCCUGCUGCACAGGAUCCUGGGAUAGCUUCCUGAAGAUAUGGAACUGAGUCUGUCCCGACAGAGAGGAAGUUGAGAGAGGGACGGAGAGGGGGAGAGGAUGUAGAGACAGGAUAUGAAAAACCUCCAUGUGAGGGAGAUGAUUGGUAGAGAGAGAGAGGCUUGGAAGAGGAAUUGGGGGGAAAACACAUGGGAUGAGAGGAGUGUAUUUUUGCUGUGCCAAGUCAUAUCUAAAAUUGAAGAGAGGGAUAGUGAUAAAAGGGAGACAUUCUCUCCUCUUCUCACUUAUCUCUCUUCUUUAUUGAAACUCAAGUUGGGGG